CGCACCCACACACUUUGUGACUUUCACGCGAGCAGUGCACAUUUGCUCAAAAUGUAUAGGCUCAUGGUAUUAACGUUUGUGAUAGGGGCAGUUGUGUGCCAGCAACAAGAGGGCGGACGUAGGGUUCCCAAGUAUGCGGGAGACCCGAAAACCGCUGCCAUCUUGCAAGAAGCGAGGUACUUAAGUGGUAAUGGAGCAUUCGGUGCAGCAUACCAACAAGAGGACGGCAUCGACUUCAAAGAGGAAACCGAUCCCGAUGGCAACAGACGAGGCAGUUAUUCCUACAUUGAUCCAACCGGACAAAGGAAGACCGUGAACUACGUUGCCGGUAAAAAUGGAUUCCAAGCCAGCGGUGACCACAUUCCGACUGCACCCCAGCCUGUUGCGCCCACUCCUGGAUACCAGCCUGAUCCUCGUUACAACUCACCGGAUUACAAGGCACCUCAGUACAACGCUCCUCAACAGUACGUGGCCCCUGCCGCCCCUAGGAACUACGGAGGUAAACCCAGUGUGGACGAUGGACAAUACCACCCUGAACUCUACGAAACGGAGACCUACAGCAACUCUCAACCUCAGUACCAAUCGCAAGCUCAAUACCGGGCUCCCCAGCCUCAGUACCAGCCGCAGCCGCAGCAGCAGCAGUCACAGUUCCAGGCGAACACCAUCUACCCUGGAGUGCAACAAGCUCAAUACAGUGGAUUAUCAUCACAGCAAUACGACACCCCCGCCUACCAGCCCGAAUCUCGUCAGCAGUACUACGAGCCAACAACGCCGCCCCCCAGCCGCUUCUUCCCUCCGGGCAAAUUCAGCCUCAACAGAGCGCCUGAUGGUUAUACUUACUCUUUCCACAAAGUAUAAAUAAAUAAUUUAUUAGAGGGGAUGUCGGCGAGAUGUACAGUUUGUAAUAGCAAAAAACAUGCAUCGAUUAACAAUUUGCCGAAUCAUCAGGGGGUCGAUAGAGCGGGCUGGCCCAUGACUGUUACUCGAGCAUUUCUUAAGUGUCGUUACGCUGUGAUAUUGUGAGUUGGUGGACUAUAUACGUGUUGUUCGUUUUUGUUAAUUGUAAAAAAAUAUGACUCACCGAAAGAAAUGCAUGACAUCUGAUAGAAGAUAAAUUUUGUAAAUAAACUUUUAAUGUAAAUAUACCGUACG